AUGUCUUCAACCACUGUCCUCAUUACUGGUGCCAACCGUGGUCUUGGCCUAGGCUUAUUGCAGAGAUACCUCGCACAACCCAACCACACGGUCAUUGCUGGAAACCGUAAUCCCGCGCACCCUUCGUCACAGGCACUAGCUGAAUUGCCUAGGGGUGAGGGCAGCAAGCUCAUUGUUGUCAAGAUCGACGCUUCGGUUGAAGAGGACGCCUUGAUCGCGAUCAAGGAGUUACAAGACCAUCACGCCAUUGACCAUCUGGACAUAGUCAUUGCCAAUGCAGGUGUCGCAUAUACCUAUCCUUCUGUAGCCGAGCUGAAGCUCGAUGACCUCCGCGGUCACAUGGGGCCAAACGUUUAUGGCUUCGUCACUCUCUAUCAAGCCACGCGGGCGCUGCUCCAGAAAUCACAGAGACAGCCCAUCUUCACACCCAUUGGAUCAAGUGCUGGCUGUAUUGUCAACCAACUCCCACUCCAUAACGCGGCUUAUGCUCCUACCAAAGUGAUGGUCCACUGGCUCACGAUCCGCAUCAAUAGCGAGGAUCCCUGGCUAAACGCUUUCGUUCUGGACCCUGGCUGGGUGCAGACGGAUAUGGGUAACGCGGCAGCAUAUUUGUACAACCUCAAGGAAGCGGACAUAACUACUGAUGCGUCUUGCGACGGCAUGUUCAAGGUUCUCAGCGAAUCGACCAAAGAAAAGGAUGGUGGCAAGAUGAUUGGCUGGGAUGGCGGUGUCAGAGUUUGGUAG